CAAUACCUAUCUACUUAAAAUUUAUACUGUAAGCAAUUUUAAUAUUAUUUUAUUAAUAACAUUAUCAUCAGUUUUGCUGAAUGUGUACUACGCCGAGUAUUUGACUUAUAAAGUGGCAUUCCUACUUUCUGUUUUGUACCUAGAGCGACUGCUCAACUUUUAUUAUAAAGAUGCUUAGUGAAAUUGUAUCGUAAUGGAAAACUUACGUGCUUUAGCAGUCAUACUUUCUCUGUGUAUCAGAAAUUGCCAUGGAAUACACGUGUAUCCUCGCAUGCAGCUAGCGGCCAGGUCGGGCUAUGCCGCCGGGGAUCCAUUGUUUCUGACUCCUUACAUAGAGCGAGGAGACGUAGAACUCGCUCGAAACAUCUCACAGGUAACGGUGACCGAACAAAUCGGCAUCACUAGCCACUCUGGAUUUAUAACGGUGAAUAAAAAAUACAACUCCAACCUAUUUUUCUGGUAUUUUCCCUCGAAGUACAAUGUUGAAACUGCACCGGUCGUGCUGUGGCUGCAAGGGGGGCCCGGGGCUAGCUCGCUACUCGGAUUGUUUGUUGAAAAUGGACCUAUAGUGGUCACCGAAAACGGCUUAACUGCGAGGAAAUAUCACUGGGCCCUCGAAAAUAACUUGAUUUACAUCGACAACCCUGUGGGCAGCGGGUUCAGCUUUACAGGUGAGGAUGACGGCUACUGCGACGACGAAGCCUGCGUUGCGAGGGACCUAUACAAUUGCUUGCAACAAUUCUUCGACUUGUUCCCGCAACUGAGAAGUAGAGAGUUCUACGUAACUGGAGAAUCGUACGCCGGCAAAUACAUCCCGUCUCUCGCGAUGGAAAUACACGACCAGAACCAGCAGAAUGACAAAAAGAUCAAUCUCAGAGGUCUCGCGAUGGGGAACGCCUACUGUGACCCCAUCAACCAGAUAGACUACGGUAACUAUCUCUACCAGCAUGGGCUUCUGGACGAUAAACAGAGGGAACUAUUUCUUCGGCAGCAGCAGGAAAUAAUUGACGAAACGAAAGCUGAAAACUGGGUGGAGGCGGGUAUACUGCUGGACCGGCUCAUCGAUGGGGCCCUGACAAACUUUUCCUACUUCAGGAACUACACGGGAUUUCAGACAUAUUAUAAUUUCUUGAAAACUAAUGAUGACGUCGACGUGCCAUUGUUUUUAAAAAUGCUCGACAAUGAUGCGACAAGAAGGAGCGUCCACGUUGGAAACCUGUCUUUUAACACUGAAGCACAGUUAGUCCAGGUCCAUCUAGCCGCUGACAUGCUACAAUCUGUGGCCCCCAUGAUUUCAGCAUUGCUGGACAGCUACAGAAUAUUGAUUUAUAAUGGCCAGCUGGACAUAAUAGUGGCAUAUCCGUUGACGGAAAAUUUCCUCCGUCAUCUUAAAUUUAGUUCAGCCGAAGAGUAUGAGGUAGCUCCGCGGAAAAUCUGGAGAGUAAAUGAUGACAUAGCAGGAUACUACAAAAAGGCUGGGAAUCUUAUUGAAGUGAUGGUGAGGAACGCUGGCCACAUGGUGCCCAUGGAUCAGCCCCUCUGGUCACUAGAUCUGAUUACAAACUUCAUUAAAAAUAAAAUUUAGGAAUGAUUCUACAUAUAAUAAGCUCUACAAAAUUUCAAAAUAAAAUAUAACAAUUAAGGGCCCAUCCACACGAUGUAUUUUUUACGCACUGACUGCGCGCGUUUUUGAUGCGCUCGUCUUCUGCGUGUUUUCAUAGCCUCUUUUCAAAUACAAGC